AUGCAGGACGUGUUAGCUCUAACAUCGAAGUCAGUCGGCGUGGGGCUCGGAAGCUAUUCAGUGGCAAAUGUGGAUGCAAUCGUAUUUCAACAACAAGCCUUGACACAACAUAAUUAUUAUCGUUCCUUACAAUGCGCACCGGCUCUGAUGUUGAAUGAAACAUUAAAUACAAUUGCUCAAAGUUGGAGUUCACAUUUAGCUACCACUCAUACGUCUGCACAUAGUGGUAAUACAAUGAAUGGAGAAUAUAUUGGUGAAAAUCUCCGGGACACUUCAGCAUCUGUUGCGAUCAAUCCAAGCAACAUAAAUGGUUCAUCGCCCUCAAAUGCAUGGUAUGAUGAAAUUUCCUCGUAUAACUGGUCAAAUCCAGGAUAUACGUCCACGACAGGUCAUUUUACACAGCUGGUUUGGGCAGGUACACAAGUGAUGGGCAUUGGUUUAGCGUGUAUAUCGGAUGGAACAACGUGUUAUGUGACAGCAAAUUAUUAUCCUGGUGGAAAUAUUAAUACUGCAGCCUAUUUUGCUGCCAAUGUCAAACAGUCUCCAUGUUAA